GUUUCGGUGUUUUCGCCCCUGAAGUCCAAGCGUCUCAGAGUGGACGUGAUAUUCCGCAUUAUUAAUCAUGGCGGCAAUAUUGAGCUGACAAAUUCGGAAACCAAAAAAUGCUCGUGUGGAACCUGAGAUGGGUGAAAUUGCUAAUGUGUAUAUAUCUUCUGUGAUUUCCAAGAUGAAGCAGACAUUUUUCCAUACACGAAAGCGAUCAUGGCCAACUCACGACUUUUCGAGCCGCUUACCGUUGGGAGGGUGGAGUUGCGGCAUAGAAUGGGCAUGUCUCCUCUGACCCGAUAUCGAGCUUCGGAUGAGCAUGUACCUCUAGACUUAAUGGCCACAUAUUACGAGCAACGCGCCUCGGUGCCAGGAACGCUCUUAGUCUCAGAGGCUACAUUCAUCUCACCGCAGCAAGGCGGAUACGCCAAUGUUCCUGGGAUCUAUAACGACGCACAAAUCGAAGCAUGGCGCAAAAUAACGAAAGUCGUGCACGCCAAAGGAAGCCAUAUUUUCUGUCAGUUGUGGGCGCUUGGGCGCACCGCCAACCCUGACGUCGCCAAAACCGAGAACAUUACCAUCACGAGUUCAAGCGACAUCCCUGUUAGCUCAGCGCAUGCAGUCCCAACUUCUUUGACUAUCGAGCAGAUCAAAUCUACCAUCGAAGAUUACGCGCAGGCAGCCCGAAACGCAAUCGAGGCCGGCUUCGAUGGCGUUGAACUACAUGGUGCUAACGGCUAUUUGAUCGAUCAAUUCCUCCAGGACAAGUGCAAUCAGCGAGCGGAUGAAUACGGCGGUAGUAUCGAGAAUCGCUCGCGGUUUGGCGUACAGGCUGUUCAAGCUGUGAUUGAUGCGAUCGGUGCUGAUCGCACGGCCAUUCGCCUCAGUCCUUGGAGUAGCUUCAACAGCAUGAGGAUGGACGAGCCAGUGCCGCAAUUUUCAGACAUUAUACAAAAAUUGGACAAACUCGGUCUUGCCUACCUGCACCUUGUUGAGUCGAGAAUUUCUGGCAACGCCGAUGUAGAGGCAUCGGACAAGCUCCACUUUGCAUAUGACAUAUGGAAUGGACCACUUCUUGUUGCUGGUGGCUUCCGGCCGGAUUCGGCUCGUCGUCUUGUGGACAAAGAGGAGAAGAACAGGAAUAUUGUUGUCAUGUUCGGACGAUUCUUCAUCUCGACACCAGAUCUGCCUUUCAGGAUCCGGUCCGGAAUCGAGUUGAAUGAGUACAACAGAGACACAUUCUACACGCCCAAGCACCCGCAUGGAUAUAUCGACUACAACUUCAGCGAUGAAUUUCUUAGCAAGGGUUAGGAAAACAUCGGCGUAGAUGAUAAUAUCAUUAUUAUUAUUGGCAAUUUUGAGAUCAGGACAAGUGACUGGCUCGUAAUGCUGACUUCUAGCCUCUAGGACUGCUCUUCUGGAGGCGCCCGCUACCAUCUGCAGUCAAUGGGAACUGUCAUCUAGUUACAUAGAUUUAAUAGAACAUCGGUGAUAUGUUGUCGGG